AUGUGGAAGUUACUAGGACUCUCCUCAGGCAACAUUAAUAACACCAAGACAGAACCAACGCGUGGUCUUCCGUCAUCUUGGUAUCGCUCCCCCGAGAUUUACAGGCUGGAACGUCGAGCUAUCUUUUCUAAGAAAUGGAUUCUCUUAACUCACAAGCUGCGGUUCCAGCAACCCGGCGAUUACCUCUCGUUCACCUAUGCCGAGUUUCCCUUCUUCCUGAUCCGAGACCGCGACGGCAAUAUUAACGGCUUCCAUAAUGCUUGUCGCCACCGUGCGUAUCCUGUUAUCAAGGACCGCUCUGGUAAGACUGGCAUCGUCAGUUGUAAAUAUCAUGGCUGGUCAUACGGGCUGAAGGGAAACUUGGCCAAGGCGCCUCGCUUCGACACAGUCCCAGACUUUGAUAAAAGCCAGCAUGGACUAUUUCCAAUUCACGUCCAUAUCGACAAGACUGGCUUUAUCUGGGUGAACCUGCAGGCGGAAUUGGAGGAGAAGUGGGAGAUGCAGUUUGGCGGAGUUGAUGAAAAGACUUUGUUCGACUUUACCAGCGGAUACAAAUAUGACCAUACGUGGGACAUGAACCUUAAAUCCAACUGGAAGGGCGUUAUGGAGAACUACAACGAAUGCUACCACUGCCCAACGAGCCACCCUCUUAUCGCAGGAGUUUCGGACCUGCCCAAAUACAAAGUCGAACCAAAGGGCAACUGCUUAGAGCAUACAAUCAUCAACAAGAAGCAGGACGACGGGACAGACGAUUUUAAGCGCUCCAUCAGAUUCUUCUUUCCAUCGACGUCCGUUACAGUUACUAAGAACUUCUUCUACAUCCAACGGAUGAUUCCUGUUGAUGCAACACACACAAGAAUAGAGAACGAGGUGUUCCGUCACGAGUCGGCCGGAGACGAAAUCUUCAAAGCCACGAUGGACUUCUACGCACAGGUUCUUGAAGAAGACAAAGAAUUGUGCGAGUCCGCGCAGGCCAAUCUGGAAGCCGGAGUGUUUGUCAGUGGCGAACUGCACCCAGACAAGGAACGAGUCAGUGUCACCCAUCGGACCUAUUUACUUCCAGAACACGGUCAGACAGCAUGUGAUGGAGCAUAG